GCCCCAAUACUCCACCAACCGCCACCGUGAUCUCAGUCGACAUAGUGCCAACUCCAACGACGCAAGGCUACCUUCUAGCCGUAAUCUGUUUUCUUAGCAUUCUGCAAGCAGGUGUUGAUAAGAAGAGUGAAAGUAAAGUAAGAGGCCACAGAAUGACCAGCUUCGUACCAGUGCCUAAAGGAAGCGACUUCCCAUUGGAAAACUUGCCCUAUGGAGUGUUUUCGACCCGAGACAACUCGCAAAAGCGUGUCUGCGUAGCAAUUGGGGAGCACGUUUUGGAUCUGGCAGCCGUUUCACAACUUUACCCACAAAAUGUUCAAGCCGCUCUACAAAGUGAAAGUCUAAACGCUCUGAUGGGGUUGGGAUAUGAAGCGUGGAACGUAGUGAGGACACGAACCACUGAACUUUUAACGAAGAAUUCACCUUUGGAACAAAAUUCGACUCUCGUCAAGAGUGCGAUCAUCCCCCAGUCAGAAUGCCAAAUGCAUCUUCCGGCAAACAUCGGAGAUUAUACUGAUUUUUACUCUUCGAUCUACCACGCCACCAACGUAGGAAUCAUGUUCCGCAGCAAAGAGAAUGCUCUAAUGCCAAACUGGAAACAUCUCCCUGUAGGCUACCAUGGACGCGCCAGCUCUGUAGUUGUAUCUGGAACACCAAUUCGUCGCCCAUAUGGUCAAACUAUCCCAGUUGAGAAUGCUGCACCCUUUUUUGGACCAUGUAGACUUCUUGACUUCGAAUUGGAGAUGGCAUUCUUUGUUGGUGGACCCGAAACUCAACUUGGUGAACGUGUUCCAGUUGAACAGGCUUGGAAGAGAAUUUUUGGAUUUACGUUGAUGAAUGACUGGAGCGCCAGAGAUAUUCAAAAGUGGGAAUAUGUUCCGCUCGGACCUUUCACUGCGAAAAAUCUGGGAACCACUAUUAGUCCUUGGGUAGUUCCAGUAGCUGCGUUGGAACCUUUCUUGGUGCCAAAUUAUCCACAAGAUCCUGAAGUUUUCCCAUAUUUGAAGCAUACACAACCAUUCAACUUCGAUAUCAAUCUUUUCGUGGAUUUGAAACCCGAAAACCAAGAACCUACUACAAUAUGCAAAUCAAACUAUCGCCAUCUUUACUGGACAGCGGCUCAACAAUUAGCUCAUCACACCAUCACGGGCUGUAAUGUCCGCCCUGGUGAUCUCAUGGCAUCUGGCACAAUAAGUGGGGAAACUGAAGACUCAUUUGGGUCGAUGCUUGAACUCUGCUGGAAAGGAACAAAAUCCAUUCAGUUGAAGGGUGGCGAUAGCCGCAAAUUCUUGCAGGAUGGAGAUGAAGUCAUUAUUCGAGGAUAUUGCGAGAAGGAUGGACUUCGAAUUGGAUUCGGCAAGUGUGCCGGUAAGGUCUUACCUGCAACACCAUUCCAGCAAGGAAGUGGCGCUUUUGAAAAGUGAAAAGUAGAUUUAUGUCUAUGGAAGUGUAGGAAUGAUAAAUGAAGUUUGAUUUUGAAUUUUG